AUGGCUUUCGGUCGUUCUGCAUCGCCCACUUCUCCGGGCACCUCGGACCACUCCGGUCUCCUCUCCACGCACGCCAUCACGCACUCGGCAUCAGAGCCACCCAAGCCCGCUUCUGCUUUGCAUCGCGAUUCGGCGGCCGAGGAAGCAGCAGCAGCGCCGCCUUCUCGUUCAGAUACCAACAACCUCCCCGUUUCCAGCUCGCUACAAGAUAGCACAUCGCCUCCCGCUGUCACCAAAACCGAGCAUGAGGCAUUCUCAUCUCUCCGGCCCAAGGGAUCUCGACAACAGCGCGAAAACGUAGCCUACACCGCCGCGGCCACCGCGCGAGGCCGCAGCAUCGACCACCACGGCGACUUUGAAGCCGAAUUCGACCCCAACCGUCGCAAGUCCAUCCCAUCACCUGCUACUGUCAUCAAGAACUUGCCAGAUGCCGCAUCCAAGACGCUCAACACCACGGUGGCUGCCCCCGCGCGCACACUCGACUCGAUCAAGGCCAAGCUCCAGUCGCCGAGCACGGGGCAGAAGAGCAAGAGCGACAUCCCGGAUUCGCUGGAUCAAGUCGAGCAUGAUCUGCGGCAUAAUCGGGAUGCGCCGGGCAAUUUGGCGAGUCCGGGUAGCCCGACCAGUCCGACCAGUCCGGGCAGCGAUGUGAAGCCUGCAAAGUCUGGCUCGUUCAGCUCGUUGCUGGGAAGGAAGUCGCAGCGGUCAAAGCCUGGCUCGGCGUUGAUGCAGCGUGGGCCUAAGAGGUCAAUUUCAGGGUCUCGUCCUGAGCGCUCAUCGUCCGCGGCUCAACGCAAGUCGAGCACGCUUUUCCACGAUGAUGUAGGCACGCGCGAGGAGGAGGAGGAGGAAGAGGAAGACGACGAUGUUGUGCAGCAGAGGAUCAGGGACCAGCAGAAACGGCUCGAGGAUCUCGACGAGGCGCAGACGAUCGGACUGCUUCGCACGCAGCAGGAGGCGGGGAUUGAGCCGGUGCAGUCUCCUGUGUCGCCGGUGUCGAAAUCGUCGUGGCUGGUCGGGUUGCCUCUGUUUGGUGGUGGAGCUGGAUCUUCCAAGGAUGAUCACGAUGAAACGCGCGCGGAAGAAGGCUCGUCAUCGAGGAGGAGCAGCUUUCGGCGCGGGAGAAAUCGUCAACGAGCACAGACGGAGGAAGACGAUGCAGCGACAGACCACGAAGAGGACUCGCCACGCACGGCCUCUUUGCCACGUUCCAGCUCCAUGAAGCAUUCUUCGAAUCGACAUCAACCCCCCGUGCGAUCCGCCUCGGCAUCGCGUGCAGCUCGGAGCAAGAGUCGCCCCCGCACAGAUGGUCAUGCUCGAAGCGGCAGUGGUGUGCUGCAUCCACCUCGCCGCCAAUCGCUCACAUGGACGUCGAAGCUGCGCACCAAGAUUCCGAUCAAAGAGUUCCCGCUGCAGGGCAGCGGCCUCGAGUCGGAGUUCAACCAGGAAUGCCCGCUGUGGGCGCGCCAGCCGUACAAGUACAUGUACUUUUCCUACUUCGGUCUGAGCAUCGGCCUCUACCAUCUGCCGCGGUGGGCAGUCUCGUCGAUCUUGCCCUCGCACAGGGGUCGCCCGGACUGGAGCUGGAAAAAGGCGACCAUGGUCAAGCUGUAUCGGCACGGGUGUAAGCUCACCUUCCGUACACGCACGAGUCUGGGGCGGGAUUUGCAGAAGGAGGUGCCUCACAGUAAGACGGUGCGGUGCAAAUUUACCUGGGUUGACCCGGUGGGGGAUGCAGAUGUAAAGGGGGAGCUGAGGCGGGCGAUGUUGGCGCAGAAGGUGCAUCCGCAGCGCACGUGCGGUUUCUGGUAUGGCGAUGUGGCCAAGCUGGGAAAGGAUAAGAGGCAUCCCGGACACAGGCUGCAUCGUCACAGCGGGGAGGGUUCAGGUGUUUCGACGACCGAGGGCACGCCAAUGCAGGAAGAGAUGGAUGCACUGCGCGAAUCCGAGGCUAGUCUGGGGGUGGCCUCGCAGAGCAGUGGCACUUCUUCGCAGAAGGAGGUGAAGGGUGGGGUGGGUAGGCCUGCGGAGCCUGGCGAGAAGGUGCUGUACCAUUUGCACGGAGGAGCCUACUGGAUCGGCACGGCGCACGAAAAGGAUGUCACGGCCGCGGUGAAUACUGAGAGUCUUCGGUACAUGGCCGAGAUCUACAAGGCUAAGGAUGAGCUCGAGAAAGCGGCUUCCAGCGGCAAAUCGACAGCGAAUGGGGAUGCAGAACAGGGGGCGUUGGCGUCGUCGUCAUCGUCGUCGUCGUCUUCGGCCACUGUUUCCGGAUCGUCUCCCUACGCGAACAAGCUUCUGCGCUCCUUCAGUCUGGACUACCGGCUCUGUGUGCCUGGCCGACCACGUGCCGGUUCGUACCCCGCAGCGCUGCUCGAUGCGCUGAGCGGCUAUCUGUACCUGGUCCGUGACCUAGGCUUCAAACCGGAAAACGUCAUCAUCGCAGGGGACAGUGCGGGCGGAAACCUCGCCAUGGCGCUCUGCCGAUACCUGCGCGACGAGGGGGAAACGAUCGCCAAGCAACCCGGAGCACUACUGCUCAUGUCGCCGUGGGUGGAUGUCUCGCGCUCGCACUCGGGCCCCACACGUGCUCCCAACCUCGACUCGAGCGUCUACACAAAUCAAGACUCGGACAUUAUCAGCUCGCUGAUUGAUUUCAGGAAUACAGCGGUGUCGGCGUUCCUCGGCGACUUGCCGGCACGCGAGACGUACCGCAACCCGUACAUCUCGCCUGUUUCCUUGCAGCUGCCGCUGGAGCGAGGGGGCAGUGCGCCACAUUACGGGUUCCACGGGUUCCCAAAGCGGAUCUACAUCACCACUGGGUCAGCGGAGAUCUCUUACGACCAGCAUCUGACGUUGGCGCACCGAUUGGCGUCGGGCACCAAGAAGGGCAGACCAGUGUAUUCGGGCGACCGGCUGUCGGCGGGGUGCAAUGCGAGGGAGAUGGCGGAGCGAAGGAAUCGACCGCGGCCAAAGGAGAUGCUGGACGCCGAGCAGAACGCGAUCUCAGUGACGCCGAUGGAUGAGCUGCGCGGGAUGGAGUUUGGGGAUGAGCCACAGGAAGGUGCCAGUGCAGAAAAGUAUGGUGAAGUAGUGGUGGAUGGCGAGCCUCGCCCUGAUACUACCGAGCAUAGCAAGGAUGGUAACGGCGUAGCAGCGGGCAAGAGGCGUUUGCACGCGUCGCCGCCACCGGAGCCGGCGGACAAGGAGGAUCGAGAGGUGGUCUUGGACGAGGUCAAGGAUGCAGUGCACGACUAUCUGCUGUUCAAGUGGUUCGAGCCCGAACGCUCGUCUACGUGGCGAAGGAUUGCCCAGUGGAUCGAUGAGGUUUGA